AUGUUGGAGGCCAUCACUGGCGGUGGUCGUCUCAAAGGGAAGGCGCGCAAGCAAGCAAAACUGGCCCCUAGCGAGCCCGCCACUGCCCUCCCUACCAAAUAUGUCAUUCGCAUUCGCGGCUUCACCGUACUCGCCCGAUACAUUCUCGAAAAGACCAUCGCCGUGCCUCUGUUGUUUCAAUCGACACUGAACCGUGCCAUUUCAGCACGUGCCGGUUUCGGAGCCAAGCUCACGGAGCAUGGCUCUGGUCCUGACCUAGCCGCCGAUGCAAAGCACGAGAAUUUUGUAUGUGCUGAAACAUAUGAUACCCUGCCGAACCGAUUCGCCGGUCUCGACAUUUACCAGCCGUCUGCUGCGUUUUUAGCUGCUCCAGAUAUCCAGAGGCCAACAAAACCCGAUGCCGACCCGGUCGACUAUGUUGCGGAAAUAUCCACGUCCCUUGAAGAUACCAUCACGACACUAUGGAUGCUAAUGGACGACAUGAACACGGCUAGAGCUUUCCUCCAGUCGAUCUGGAAAAACGCCAGCAACAGUACUGUCUUGCUUACCGCUGACGAGGUUCAGCGCAUCAUUGAGCUGUGUGCAUAUGAAACCUCGACGGACGAGGAAACGGGCCAAACCCUGCUCUGCCAGAUUGAAGAUGAGAAGAAGGUAAGGGAGAAGAAGAAGCUGCGACACGAGUUCGAAAGUGGUUCAAAGCUCUCCAAGUCGGGCCGCGGCGAACCCCGCGUCUCUUUUAGUGUGAUGAUGGACCUUCUGGUCAACGCGCUGCAGGCCGAAACGGUCGAGUUCCCGUUCCCGUACGUGAUGAUGCACCGCCGGUGCUGGCAGCUGUUCCGCCAUGCAUGCGAGACCGAAGACCACGUUGCCAACCUGGGGCCGCUGAAAGCGGCGGCGCAAGCCGUGAACGAGAUACAGGAUAGCGGGUUCGACCGAGCCAUCGUUGAAGAUGUCUUGAAAGGUGUCAUGAGUAUUGGGGUUGGGACUAUCGACUAA